GAUUCUCAUACUUUUUCGCAAAUGCGAUAAAUAGCUGCGACGCAACGAAAUUUCUCAAAAAGGUUCAAAUUUGAACCGAACACAAACACAUUUUUUCAUUUGCGAGUGAGAGCGAGAGAGAUUUAUAUAUAUACAUAUAAAUCUGCUAUAAACUGACAUUUUACAGAUCUCUCGCUCUCGUCAGCUAUGGGUCUUUGGGAUGCUUUGCUCAAUUGGCUUCGAAGCCUCUUCUUUCAGCAGGAAAUGGAGCUUUCUUUGAUAGGGCUGCAGAAUGCAGGAAAAACAUCACUUGUAAAUGUGAUUGCUACUGGUGGAUACAGUGAAGAUAUGAUACCGACGGUGGGAUUUAACAUGCGGAAAGUGACUAAAGGAAAUGUGACUAUAAAGUUGUGGGACCUUGGAGGUCAACCCAGAUUCCGCAGUAUGUGGGAAAGAUACUGUCGUGCAGUUUCUGCUAUAGUUUAUGUUGUUGAUGCUGCUGAUCAUGACAAUGUUAGCAUUUCAAGAAGUGAAAUCCAUGACCUGCUGAGUAAGCCAUCGUUGAGUGGUAUUCCAUUGCUGGUAUUGGGUAACAAGAUUGACAAGCCUGGAGCCCUUUCCAAGCAGGCAUUGACUGAUCAGAUGGACUUGAAAUCUAUAACAGAUAGGGAGGUAUGUUGCUAUAUGAUAUCGUGCAAAAACUCCACCAAUAUUGACUCAGUCAUUGAUUGGCUUGUUAAGCACUCAAAAUCAAAGAGUUGAGCCCUUUCUCCAGAUCUACAAGUUAAAAGUUGUCAAGCUAUUCCUUUUGUUGGUUACUCCAGAGUUUUCUUGUAUGUAAAUUCUUUUCCAAUUGAAAGAAUUGAUACAUGUAUUAUCCCAGCCUGCAAAUUGUGUACCAAUGUGUUUUUUGGGGAAGGACAACUUCUUUGAUUUAUUUGAAGAAA